UGCUUGAUUAAUUUACUUCAUGUUGCGAGUGAAUUCCUAAAACAGUCGAAAUGAAGAUGAAGAACCGCAUUGCUCAGUGCAUUUGUAUAAUUGGCAUCAUUUCGACAGUGUACAAUGAGGAGAGGGAAUGGGAUUCGUUUGUAUUGACUCUGACUUGGCCAGUCACGAUGUGUAAAUUUUGUAAUUUGGUUGACAAAAAGUGUGUUGUUCCUGCAAAGAUGUGGGAAAUUCAUGGUCUUUGGCCUGGUUACAGUAACGGUGAUUGUGCUCCACGGGGUUGCAGCCUAUCCCAUCCAUUCAAGAAAAGUGAAAUAAAGGUCUUGUUAGACAGACUAAACAAAUACUGGCCAAAUCAGCUGCCUGAAAGACCUCAUUAUGACUUCUGGUAAGUCUAAC